UUUUGCUCGGAAAUUUACUCGAAUAUGGAUUUUUUCGUGAAUAUACCGUAUUGGCCAUUGGCAUUAUUUUUGUGCACAUUUUUCGUAUCAGCCAAACAUGUGCACGUUGAUAAUGAGUCGACCACCGUAUUGAUUGAUGCAAAAAAAUUUCUGGAUAUUUCCCAAAAAACGAACAAAGCAAAUUGUGGUGAAAAUGAAGAGUAUCGAGAAUGUGGCAAAAAGUGCGCAUUGAGUUGUAGAUAUCCGUCUUCAUCGGUGGAAAUUACAUUUUCCGAAGAUGUUUGCGAAAAAUCGGAGUGUGUGACAGGAUGCUUCUGUAAAGAUGGAUUAGUGAGAAGUGGCGAUAAAUGUGUUCAAAUUACCGAGUGUUUACACGUUCAAAUGAGAUCGGACCGAGCGAUAAAGAAUUCAACAUUCAGUGAAGCAUUUUCAAAUUGGACAUCCGGAAAACAAAAACCGGGUAAAGAAUGUUCCGGAUGCAAUAGGACCAUUCAUAUUCAUAAUCACAAUUAUAUUGAACCGGGCAAGCCGAUCGUUUUAAUAGUGAAUUUUAUCGGAACCAACGUAACUAAUGCGUCAGUUAUCGCUCAAAAUAUGACAACUUCUGAAGAAGAAACAAUAACUAUCGAUAUACCAAGUGGAACAGAAGCACCUCCGAUGGAGAACACCAUUACUAUAGAGAUACCACUAACUGACCCGGUGGAUGAAGAAAGUCCAACUGAUGAUAUUACAUUCACGAUAGAUGAAAAUAAUAAAAAAGGUGCAAUCAGCACCGGAACAGAGUCAAAAGCCACCACAACAGCAGCACCAAUAAAAAUUCCAACGAAACGCCCAACGAAGCUAAGACCGACUAAGAAAUCUAUAACAAAUAACCGAAAUACGCUUCGGUCAAUAAUUCCAUUCAGUAUUCCAAAUCAAAAUGAUGAAUUUGAAUCGGAAGUGAAACCAGUUAAGCAAACAGAAAAUCAGUUCACACAAAACUUUUAUCGAAAUCUAUUCGGUUCAAAUAGGAUUCCAUUAUAUAUACCAGUCAUACCUUUUGGUUAUAAUUUUCCUUCGUCGGAGAACAUAGAAAAUUCACACUUUCCGAAUAGUAAUGAAGAAACAAACAAUUGAUGAGCUUCGGGCACCAAAUUUAACCCAAGCUAGUGAUAGAAUAAUGAACGAGAAAAUUAUAAAAAUAAGUUUGAUAUUUUAUAAGUUAAUCUUUCGCCAAAUAUCAAUAAAAAAUACAGUAUUUUUUAGAAAA